CAGGCGUUGCAUUAGGGAUUAGUGCAACUUUCCGUAUUAGGCAAUUUUAGUAUUCUCCCGCGCACUUUACAAAUAAAGGGAAGGGCCCCUUUAGCGCGAGGUCAAGUCCGACUAUUACUGUCCGGAGACGCUUCGCUUCCGCACCAUAUAUUGCUUGUGCAGCAACUCUCAUAUACAAACGUGACUGACCUGACCACGGAAGGCGAGCAUAAAGCACAUGACCACGCCAACAAGCACAGCUACGAGCGCAGGUUUGGAAGGAAAGCAUAAUGCAAAGCUUUGUCAUGUAUUCGUCGUUAUGGAGCCCGUGUCUGUAAGCUGGAAGAUGCCGUUAUUGAAGCAAUGCUCUGCUCCGUCCUGUAUGUGGACUCCAUUCCCAAAGUUGACCAAACCCAAACUCCCCCCAUGCCCGUUGGUAUUAAGUCCGCAGUUCUAUCCCAAAUACCAGACCAAUUGAUCGAACCGGCUGUUACUGAAGUCUCGUCUCGACGAUAUGCCCCUUCUACUCCUGCCAAACGAAGUGGCAAUCGUAGUUGCACAUCCUUUUCCUUGCCUUCCCUCUCACAACCCUCUUCUACCUCAUCACCGCCGGAUCCAGCGUCCUUAACGGCACCGCCGGUCUCUCAUACGGCGGCGGCAGAUCGUCCUCUCUCGCCGCUCCUCCAACGCUCGCACGACCACCCAACCCAUCAACCUCGCGCCUCGCAUUCUCGUCCGCAAUAUUCGCCGCCGCCGCGCGCUCCCUCUGCAUAUCGGCCUCGUACCACUUGCGCUGACGCUCCAGACGCGCCUCAAUCUCUCGACGUCGUUUUCGCUGCUUGUUGAGCGCGCAGGCCCCGAAGCCGACAACGGCGAUGACAAUCACGAGCCCGAUGACGAUACCUGCGAGAGGGCCGGGUCCGCCGACAGAGUUGUAGUAGUAGGUAUUGCUCUGGCGAGGGAGGAGGCGGGAGGGAGGUUGAAGGACUGGCAUUCUGCCGGAUGCUUGUGAAUGUCAAAAUGAGUGGAGUUAUGAUGGGUGUUGGAGAGGUGGGAUUUUUGGGUUUUCGUCGAUGGCAGGCUGCAGAAUGGCAGUGACAGACAAAGGAAAAGAGAGCGCUUCCUGCUUCACCGUCGACUGAACUUCGAUUCAAGGGGGUGGG